CAACAUCGUCAUAUGAGCUUGGUUGGUAAUGAUGUUGAGCAGCCUAUGUUGAAGAUUGUUGAGAAGGCUACAAAGUUGCGGUCACUUCUAUUUCCUAGUCACCACUUGAAAAACUUUGGUCAGGCCCUGGACAAAGUAUUUCGUACAAUGGAAUGCAUACGGACCUUGGAUCUUAGUUCAAGUGCAAUCUUGGAAUUGCCUAGCUCAAUUGAAAAGUUGAAGUUGCUACGCUACCUUGACCUCUCUAGAACAGAAAUCAAAGUUCUCCCCAACUCAAUUUGCAAACUCUACCAUUUGGAAACAUUGAAACUCUUGAGGUGCCCUUAUCUUUUCGAAUUGCCCAAGGACCUAAGGAAGUUGGUUAAUUUGCGACAUUUGGAGCUCGAUGAUUUAUUCUGGGUCAAGUUCUCCAUCCUACCACCAAACGUGGGGGACAUAACCUCUCUGCAUGAUUGGCAUGUAUUUCAGGUCAGCCACAAGACUGGAUACAGAAUUGAAGAACUAAAGAACAUGACAUAUCUUUCAGGAACAUUGCAUAUCUCAAAGCUAGAAAAUGCAGUUAAUGCAGGAGAGGCUAAGUUGAACCAGAAGAAGUACCUUCAGAAGUUGGUGUUUGAAUGGAGUGACAGGAUUGUCAAUACACAUGAUGAAGCAACUGAAAAGAGUUUCCUUGAAGACCUACAACCUCACUUAAACCUCAAAGAGCUCCAAAUAUGUCAUUACAGGGGCAAUGAAUUUCCAGCUUGGAUGAGAGAAGGGCAGCUCCAAAAUUUGGUCAGAGUUACCUUGAAUGAUUGCACAAAAUGCAAAACUCUCACUCUAGGUGAGCUACCCAAUCUUGAAGUGCUCUACAUCAAAGGUAUGCUGGAGUUGGAGAAAUGGCCAGAGGUUGAAUGCCCUUCCCUCGAGUGGCUAAAGUUUAGCAACUGCCCCAAGCUAAGGGAGCUGCCCAACGUCUUUCCUAUGUUGAGUUUCCUGAAGAUCAAAAGGUGCAAAUCCUUAAGGGCGCUUCCAGUGGUUCUAAGUUUGAAGACUCUAAAGCUUAUUGACAAUCCUAUUCUGGAGGAUUGGCAUGGAACAUGGAUUACUUGGGAGGCUAUAGAUGAUCAAGGCCAAUGGUCAAGUGGGGAACAAUGGUCCUUCGAAAAUUUGUUGGAACUGAAUGUUAUAAGCUGCCCUAAGCUGAAGGCACUGCCAAAAUACUUUGAUCCAGAAAGGUUGGAGAUCAGCGGGUGUGAGUUGUUAGUUGCUCUCCCAGAACAACAUUUUGCCCAACGUCUUCGGCAUUUAGCACUAUAUGCCUGUCGUGAUGGAACCUUAGUGAGGGCAAUACCAAAUACCAGCUCUCUAUGCUCACUGGUUAUAUCCGGCAUCUCAAACCUCACCUCACUUCCAAAAUGGCCCCAACUUCCUGGCCUCAAGGUGUUGUACAUUCAUGAUUGCAAAGAUUUGAUGUCUUUGUCCGAGAGCAAAGAAGGGUCGCUGCUAACUUUGAUAUCUCUCACACUACUUUCCAUCCGAAACUGUCCAAUGCUUGUGACAUUAACUGAGGAGCUACCUGCUACGCUGGAGUGUUUGAGUAUUGGCUCAUGCCCCUUUCUGCGGCAUCUAGGCCCCAAGAGGAUACUGAAAAACCUCCAUUCACUCAAGGACCUUUACAUUGAGGACUGCCCUAUGCUCCAGUCCUUGCCUGAGGAUGGGCUUCCCAGCUCGCUUCAGCAUUUGCAAAUACAAAAGUGUCCACUAUUGACAAAGCGAUGUCAAAAGGAGGGAGGAGGUGGAGGAGGUCCAGACAGGCCAAAGGUUAUGCACAUUCCUGACCUGGAGAUUGAUUUCCCUAAAGAUUCUUCAACAUCAGCUUUGCCCUAGAAGAAACCAUCAGAACCAGCUUGCUAUCGUCUUCUUCCACACCCUGGAGGGAUAGAAAUAAUUGAUGCACAACCAACUAAAAAACAACCAAAUUCAUCUCGCUUAAAGCAAAGUCACAAAGG